CUUGCCGACCGAUAUCCUCCUUCAACGCUAGCAAGAUUUGGGAUUAACUUCGGCAAAUCGAUCGAUUACCCAAACUUACGACCAUAAGUUUUGAUAUGUAAUUCUUUGGGACCACCUGAUGGAACUGAAUAGAUAUCACGUGGACAUCGAUCGUGGCAUCGUCGAGAAUAAUGAGAGAUGAAUAGUUAAAGCCUCCUCACAUUUUGGCAACGUUGCGCCGUAGGCGGGCGCGGUGGUGUAUUGGGCGGGCGGGAUAGGGGAGCCCGCGAGGGGAGGUCGAUAAGCAGUGUGAAUCGGUUCGUCGAGGCAGACGGUCGCGCGCCUGGCCUCCGAGCCGGUCGUCACGCUCUCGCUUCUCUCGCCGCUCUCACCGCUACCCCGCCCAUCCCGGCUCACUUUGCCGCUGGCGUUCUCCCGUGCCGGUCGUGUCCGCGCGCUCGCUCCCGCUGCCGAUCGACUUUAGCGCAUCAGUUACUGACGUCACUUCGAAGCAGGGUGUCUCUAAUGCAGCCAAAAUGUAUAACGCACUACAGAGAUUUAAAGACAUAGACUGGGGAGGGGUGAGAAGAGAUGGACACAAUUUAUUCACGAAACUGAUCAGGACCAAGGACCCACGAGAAUCUGAACCAAGCCAGGAAGUAGCCCUUCCCGGCAGACAACGACUAUCGAGAUGCUUAACGACAAUGGACUUGACUUCCCUCGGCGUUGGAUCCUGCGUGGGUACAGGAAUGUACCUGGUCGCGGGUAUGGUUGCACGCAAAUUUGCCGGACCUGGUGUUGUCAUUAGUUUUAUCAUCGCAGCACUAGCAAGCAUCUUCUCAGGUGCUUGCUAUGCUGAGUUCGGGGUGCGAGUUCCAAAUACGACCGGAUCUGCUUACAUGUACAGUUACGUUACCGUUGGCGAGUUCCUAGCCUUUGUCAUAGGCUGGAACAUGAUUUUGGAGUACCUAAUCGGAACCAGCGCAUGUGCCAGGGCUUUGAGCGCCUGCUUUGACUCGCUAUGUAACGGAGCUAUCGCUCACCAAUUGGCUCACGAAAUCGGAACUAUGUAUGGCAAACCACCGGACUUCUUGGCAUUCGGCAUCACCCUUUUCAUGAUGUUUGUAUUGGUCGCUGGGGUGAAGAAAUCAUUGUUCUUCAACAACCUGCUGAACGCCAUCAACCUCAGCGUCUGGGUCUUCAUAAUGACUGCCGGCUUAUUCUACAUAGAUUUCACUAAUUGGACUGAACACAAAGGAUUUUUACCAUACGGAUGGAGUGGGGUGUUCAGUGGAGCGGCGACCUGCUUCUACGCCUUCAUUGGGUUUGACAUCAUCGCGACCACAGGCGAGGAGGCGAACAACCCAAAGCGAUCCAUCCCAUUGGCCAUCGUCAACAGCCUCGGCAUCAUUCUCAUUGCUUACGUGUCAACCUCCAUGGUCCUGACUCUUGUGGUUCCUUACGAUGAGGUGGACACCGACUCAGCCCUCGUGCAGAUGUUCGCGCAUGUGAACGCGCCGACUUGCAAGUACAUCGUGGCUAUCGGGGCUCUCGCCGGGCUGACUGUCUCUAUGUUUGGAUCCAUGUUCCCGAUGCCGCGGGUCGUGUACGCUAUGGCCCUCGAUGGACUUAUCUUCAGGAAACUGGCUCAGAUCUCCGAGAGCACGGGCACGCCGGCCUUCGCGACAAUCUGCGGGGGAGUGGCGGCCGCGCUGGUGUCCCUGGUCAUUCAAUUGGAAGUUCUCGUGGAAAUGAUGAGCAUUGGUACUCUCCUGGCCUACACCUUGGUAUCGACCUGUGUGCUGGUGCUGCGCUACCAGCCGCACUCCACGAACCUGAUCGAACUGCUGCCACAAAGUAUGCGUACUCCCCUGGAACCUGAGGGCACCGCGAGCGCCAACCGAGAAACUAGCUUCGGCGCUCACAGCUCAACCCACAUAAUGCCGCCGAGCCAGCGCGUCAUGGUCCGUCGUGUCACCAGAAGCUCGCCCGAUUCGGAUGACAGUCUGCCUGGAGACGAGAGCGAAGAGUAUCGCGAUGACACCUUCCUGGUCAACUCUAACCCCGAAAACAAGUUUUACGUUGGUGGUGGAUCGUCAGGCAGUAACAGCGCCUGCAGCCGAUUCCUGCAAGCCCUGGCCCGUCAAAUGCAAACCAUGAGCUAUCUCUGCCCUGGACUCUUCCCAUGGGUUGACUGUGGACCGGCUACUGAAUACAGCGGAAUGUUCGUGAUCAAGGCUACCGGCGUCAUGUACGUACUGAUCAUCAUAUUCGACCUCUUUGCGGCCUACGGCUACCCUGGAACGUGCACCUUCACGACUGUCACCAUGUGCCUGCUCAUGCUCGCCAUUAUCGUCAUUCUGCUGAUGAUCUCUCGGAAACCACAAAACCGAGUGGCACUGAUCUACGCGACACCUGGACUCCCGUUCGUGCCGGCCAUCGCUAUCAUCGUCAACAUCUACCUGAUCCUGAACCUGUCCAUACUGACUCUAGUCCGCUUCACUAUCUGGAUGAUUAUCGGAUUGAUUGUUUACUUUAAAUACGGAAUUAAGAACUCCACUUUGGAGACCAACCCACCAGCGCCUCCACCAGAGACCCCGCCGCCGCCAAACCCGUUGGCCCGCACGACCAUCCCACCGCCGUCCCCUCAACCCCCGACCACCGGCGACCGCAACAUCUUUGAGGGCGACAGGAACGACCGCGACGGACUGUACGGCAACAUGGAGUAUCCACCUCCUAUACUAUCUUGGCAUGAAUCAGACUUAGAACCAGUACAGUCGACUAGCCGGGGCCCGUACCAAACGACUGUGCAACCUUACCGUCCUACCACAUACCGACAGGCGGAGACACGGUAAGCAGAGGGACGGGACUACG